AUGAAUGCUACUGAUGUCCUGCCCUAUGCAGUUGUGGAAGAUAGAGGAUUUCAGAGGUUAAUGGCCAAGGUAGCACAGAAGUAUCCACUGAAAAGUGAGAAAUAUUUCCGCACUCAAUUGAUGGACGAAAUAUAUUCUCAAAUUGCCAGGAGAGUAAAGCAACUCGUUUCAGUGGAAAAUGCAGGAAACAGUAUUGCAUUUACCACAGACUGUUGGUCUGGAGCAGCUGAGGCUCUCAUGAGCGUAACUGCUCAUUUUACUGAUAAUAACUGGGAGAGAGUCCAAGUUGUGCUAAAUGUAAAAGCAAUGUUUGGUUCCAACACAGGAGAAUACAUCAGUGAGACUUUCCUGACCUUACUGAAAGAAUGGGACAUUGACAGACAGCGUGUCCACCUGGUGCUGAGGAACAAUGGUGAAAACAUGGUAAAAGGCAUGAGGCUUGCAGAAUUGCCUGGCAUGAGCUGUUGUGCUCAUACCCUGCAGCUGCUCAUUAAUGACAGUCUCAACUCACAGAGAAUGGUGGGGGACAUACUGGCUAAAUUUAAAAGAAUAGCCACACACUUUCAUCACUCAAUUGUCGCACAGCAAUGA